CCGAUAUCAUCUGAUAUACAUUUUCGUUACAUCUUUCAGUUCCAAUUUCGCCAUCAGAUAUUUGAGAUCUCAAAGUAUUCUGCGAACGUGAUAAAUAAUGAGAAUUGUUGAGGUUGUUAUUCUCAUUGUUGUGUUAUUCAGCGCUAUGUUAAUGGUUGUAUCAAGUCGCUUUGGAUAUUCUGUAUCAGAACAGCGUAUGUGGAAGAGGAAGCAUAAGAACUGUAACGGUCGACAUCAAUCACCAGUCUCAAUUCAUUCACGUCGUGCAGUUCCAUCUGCGAUGCCAGCUAUAGAAUUCAUUUAUUAUCACAAUCCACUUCCUGGCCCAUUGACAAUACGUAACAAUGGACAUUCCGUGUCACUCCAAACACCAAAAGCUGAAAACUCAACGCGACAUCAUUAUCAUCCGUACAUAUUCGGUGGAAAAUUGAGAAAUGAAUAUGAAUAUGUCUCAUUGCAUUUUCACUGGGGUGAUAAAAAUUCGAGAGGGGCUGAGCAUGUUUUGAAUGAUAUACGAUAUCCACUUGAGUUGCAUAUGAUACAUAUCAAUAGAAAAUAUCAGACAAUUGAGGAAGCACUCGAGCAUAGAGAUGGAUUGGCUGUACUCGCAUUUUUCUACCAGAUUAGAGAAAAUUUAUCGAACGGUGAAGAGAUUGAUAACAUUGUCAAACAUUUUAGUGACCUAAAUGAACUGACCGAUAGUGUCACAUUGCCAUAUUCAUUUUCAUUGCAGUCAUUGAUUGGGAACAUAAAUACGAAUAGAUUUUAUACAUAUCGAGGUAGCUUAACGACACCAACCUGCAAUGAAGCCGUUACAUGGAUCAUAUUCCCCGACACAAUUCCAAUAUCCCUCAGUCAAAUGUCAAAAUUUCGAUCCUUAUCGAAUGGCAUCGAAGGACUGCUACUUGUUGACAAUUAUCGACACCUGCAGCCAGUUGGAAAUCGAAAAAUAUUCUUACGCUCAAUAUCGUCACGUACGGUUGAGCUCGAGAAAAUUGUCGAGAUGGAAAUGUACGGAAGAGCAUUAGCAAAUAGCAGAAGUGAUAGCAAUAUGACUGUGGAUGACUCAGAAUGGUACUACAAUUGAAUAUGUUAUAACCAACAUUACUUAAUUUAUGAGUGUAAAUAAAAUAUGUUUCAACAUAAA